AACAAAUACGGGAGCGGCUGUUAGGUGGCUCAGGAUCAUGGAAGAGGGAAGUUGUAAACCUAACAAAGUAGUGUAUAGCACAAUCAUUGACAGUCAUUGCAAGGAUAGAAUGUUGGGUGAUGCUUUGAACCUUUUUUACGAAAUGAAAGAGAAAGGGGUUCACCCGAAUUUUGUUACUUAUACCUCUUUGAUUCAUGGCUUAUUUAGUUGUGGCCAGUGGAAGGAGGCUACAAGAAUGUUGGGACAAAUGUUGGAUAUUGGUAUCUCCCCAAAUGCCCCUACACUCACUGUCUUGGUUGAUGCACUUAGCAAGCAAGGGAAGGUAAAAGAGGCAGAGGAAGUAGUUGAAAGCAUGAUUCGCAAAGGUGGUGUGCAUCCUAAUGCAAUCACGUACACUUCUUUAAUGAAUGGAUAUUGUUUGCAAGGCCAGAUGGAUGAGGCCAUGAGAGUAUUGAAUACCAUGGCGGAUAGGGGCAUUCAACUGAAUGUUCAUAGCUACACCAUUUUAAUCAGGGGAUAUUGCGAUAAUAUGAAAAUAGACGAGGCCAUCAGUCUCUUUCGAGAAAUCCCUCAAAGAGGUUUGAAGCCUAACCUUGCAACUUUUACCACUAUCUUUACAGGUAUCUCUCGGCUUGGUAGAUAUACAGUUGCUCGAGAACUUCUCAAUGCAAUGGAACUUGCAGGCCUAACUCCCGAGAGUAGAACUUAUGUUAUGUUCUUAAGCGGGCUUUGCAAGACCGGGCAUAUAGAUGAAGCAUUGUCAUUAUUUCACAUGAUUGAAAACAAAGGUUUACGUCUCAAUAUUGUUUUUUACAAUAUCAUGAUUGAUGCAUUUUGCAAGAAUAAUAACCUUGAAAGUGCAAGGGAUCUUUUUAUUAAACUUUCUUCCAAGGGGUUACAACCUGAUUUCAUUGCAUAUGAUGUCAUGAUACGCGGUCUUUGUAAAGAAGGGUUUUUGGAUGAAGCUAAAGAGUUGUUAGUGAAAAUGGACCAGAAUGGUGUAUUGCCUGUUAGUGGCACUUACAACGCUAUCAUCCAAGGUUUAUUUAAACAACAGAAGUUCAAUGAGGCUAUGGUACUUUACGAGGAAAUGGUUGGAAGGGGUAAUUCACCCAAUGCUUCUACUUUUCGCAUGGUUAAGGAUUUAAUCUCAACUCAGGGAUUCGAUACGAUCUUGCUCUCCAAGAAGAAGAAUGGAAAGGGCAGAAGAAUUGUUUUGAUGGGAAAAGCAGUGAUUGAAUUGGUCCCUACGAAAGCCCAAAAGCCACAGCCUUAUGACCAAUACUCCAUCCCUCCCAAAUUGCUGGAUGGAAUGGUGGAUGAUGCUUUGAACUUUUUGUCUGAAAUGAAAGAGAAAGGCAUUAACCCAGAUGCUGUUACUGGUGGAUGUCUGACUGAUGGCUUGUGUAAGUCUGGCUGGGUUAAGGAGGCUGCAAGAAUGUUUGGAGAAAUGUUGGAUAUUGGUAUCUGUCCUCUGACUCUGCCAUCAGUUGGCAAGUUUGAUUCAUUCCCUGAACUCGAAAGUAGUAUAACUCUUUGGAAACUACGUUCAGAAAAUUUGUGGUUGCAAAUAGUCCGGUCCAAAUCCUUCUUCGAAGAAGGUCUUGGACAAAUCAAAGGUUUGGAAGUCCAAACGACGCCGGUGUCAACCAACCUCCCGUUUUCAAGUUGCGAUCUUAAGUACAAGGAGAGAGAGAGAGAGAGAGAGAGAGAGAGUGGGGAGUCUGGGGCGGAGACGAUGGCUCAGAUUGGUGCUUUUACAAUAAUCAUUCCCAUGGAUGCUGCUACUUACCGAGGAGGUAAUAAUCUUCCCUCUCCACCCCACCAUUCAUCUUUUGCGCUUCAUUCUCAUUCCAACACUAUAAACCCUAGUUCUACUCCUUCGACCAUCAUCAGCCAAGCGAAACGCCAACCUAUUUUCGAAAGAAAAAGAUUAGGGAAACAGAAACCCAGGUCGGGGAAUCUGCGCUUGCAAGAUGUUCCAACCAUUUUCAAAAUCAAUAAGGCGUUGGCGAAUAUUACGAAGUCUGGUAAGUACGGCACGGCUCUUUAUCAUUUCAACGAGUUGCAAUUAAAAGACAUGGAGCUAGAUUUGUACACAUUCAGCAUCGCAAUUAACUGCUACUGUUGCGUGAAUCGAGUUGGCUUUGGGCUCUCUCUUUUAGGCACCAUCUUCAAACGCGGUUACACGCCUGAUGUAGUUAUCUUCAGCACCCUGUUAAAAGGACUUAUUGCACAAGAUAAAGCUGCUGAGGCUCUUUCUCAUUUCAACAAGUUGCAGUUACAAGACAUUGAGCUAGAUUUGUAUACCUUCAACAUUGCAAUUAACUGUUACUGUCGCAUGAAUCGAGUUGGCUUUGGGUUCUCUCUUUUAGGCAGUAUCUUCAAAUAUGGUUAUACACCUGAUGCAGUUACCUUCAACACCCUGUUAAAUGGACUUAUUGCACAACAUAAAGUUACUGAGGCCAUUGAGUUAUUCCAGAAAUUAGUCAACAAAGGAGAAAUGAAACCAUAUGUGGCUACUUAUACCGCUUUGGAAGAGAGAGGGGUUCACCCAAAUGUUGUUACUUAUACCUCUUUGAUUCACGGCUUAUGUAGUUGUGGCCAGUGGAAGGAGGCUACAAGAAUGUUAGGAGAAAUAUCGGAUAUUGGUAUUUCUCCAGACAUCAUUACAUACAGUGUCUUGGUCGAUGCACUUACCAAAGAGGGGAAGGCAAAAGAGGCAGAGGAAGUAAUUAAAGGCUUGAUUGAAAGAGGUGUGCAUCCUAAUGUAAUCACGUACAGUUCUUUAAUGAAUGGAUAUUGUUUGCAAGGCCAGAUGGAUGAGGCCAUGAGAGUGUUGAAUACCAUGGUGGAUAGGGGCAUUCAACCGAAUGUUCAUAGCUACACCAUUUUAAUCAGGGGGUGUUGCGAUAAUAUGAAAAUAGACAAGGCCAUCGAUCUCUUUCGAGAAAUGCCUCAAAGGGGUUUGAAGCCUAACCUUGCAACGUUUACCACUAUCUUCACAGGUAUCUUUCGGUUUGGUCGAUUUACAGUUGGUCGAGAACUUCUCAAUGCGAUGGAACUUGCAGGCCUAACUCCCGACAGUAAAACUUAUGGUAGGUUGUUGCGCGGGCUUUGCAAGACCGGGCAUAUAGUUGAAGCAUUGUCAUUAUUUCACAUGAUUGAAAACAAAGGUUUAGGUCUCAAUGUUGCUAUGUACAAUAUCCUCAUUGAUGCAUUUUGCAAGAAUAAAGACCUUGAUAAUGCAAGGGAUCUUUUCAUUAAACUUUCUUCCAAGGGAUUACAACCUAAUUUCAUUACAUAUAAUAUCAUGAUACGUGGUCUUUGUAAACAAGGGUUUCUGGAUGAAGCUAAAGAGUUGUUAGUGAAAAUGGAGCAGAAUGGUGUAUUACCUGGUAGUGACACUUACAACGCUAUCAUCCAAGGUUUUGUUGAACUACAGAAAUUACAUGAGGCGAUGGUACUUUUUGAGGAAAUGGUUGGAAGGCGUAUUUCACCCCAUGCAUCUACUUUUCACAUGAUUAGGGAUUUAAUCUCAAAUCAGGGAUAUGAUCUUGCUCUCCAAGAAGUGAUAACAAAGUUCAUGCCUAUGAUAGACGUGGAGCUAGGAAGACAAAUUCAUCGCUCAUGGAAGAACAGAAAACUGCCCGCUUGAGGCUACAGACUCCCAAACACCAGAGCCCGUCAGUGGGUACACAGACCUCAGCGACCGGGUUAUCCAAGGACGAAUCCCCAAGGCGAAUGGUGGACACUCGCGAAUGCACAUGAAAAUAAGCUCCACACAAGGAUAAUAUGCUA